UCGACCUGACACAACGCGAGCUGUCAGACGCUGUCAAACUCUCACCAAACUUUGUUUUAUGAGACCCAAAAAUAUCCAUAGACUAUUAAUCCUGUUUAUAAGAAAAUAUUUCAAACGUGUCGCUCUUUAUAAUCAAAAUUUCCGUGUUUAUAACACGCUUUGGGGUUUUUAUUUGUGCGUGUUGCUUCCUUGUCGGGCACAAUUAAGCGUAGCGCCACUGGUCUCCUAGCAACCGACGCCAUCCAGAGCCAUGGCAAAGUUUGUGCUCGCUGGCAAAGCAGACUGCCCUUUUUAUGCCAAAGCAGAGCUUCUAGCAGACAAGCUCCAAGGAUCUCUGCCCAACUUCAGCAUCCAUAAGAUCUGCAUUCACCCGGAUGAAUGGGAGGAGUGGCUGGAGGUCACCUGCAGAGCGAACGGAUGGAAACACCAGCAGUCUCCCUUGAUUUGGAGGGACCUGGUGCACCGCGGGGGCAAAGGGAUGCUCCUGGGGGGUUUCAGUGACUUCCUGGAGCACUGUCAGGACUACUACAACAUCACAUUAGAAAUGCCCACAGAUCUGAUGCUGAAGAUUGCAGCGGAGAAUCUGGAGACGAAGAUGAAGCUGAUUGUGGAGGAAGAGCGUCGUGUCAGCCUCCUCCAGCCUUUUCAUAUAUGGAUCACCAGUGCUCUCAGCCCAGCCUGCCACAUGCUGAUCCCUGACCUGCUGUCCUCAGACGUUUUCCCCCACGUCUCUGCCGUGAGCCUCCACCUUCUGGACCUGGAUGGGGAUGAAGAGGCGCUGCAGGGCCUGAGGAUGGAGACGGAGGAUAUGGCUCUCCCUCUGCUCCACCAGGUAACAGUUCACACAGAUCUGGAACAGGCCUUUGAAGGAGCAGAUGUCAUCCUGCUGCUGGAUGAUCGCUGGCCUGAUGGCGGCGAUGCAGAGAAAAAAGAGGAGGACGAGGAGGAGGAGGAAAAGAGGAGGCAGGUGAGGAGAAUCUCAGAGCGGUACCUCCACUACGGACGACUGAUUGCGGAGAGGGCCAAAAGGGAGGUGAAGCUGAUUGUGGCCGGCGACUCAUUUGCCAACCUGAGGUGCUCUGUGCUCCUGGACAACGCCCACUCCAUUGACAGCUGCCGCUUUGUCACCGUGGCAACCCAGUUGGAGUAUGAAGCCAGGGCCGUCAUCGCAAAGAAGCUGAAAGUGAGGACAUCAGAUAUCACAGAUGUCAUCGUGUGGGGGAACAUCAGUGGUAGUUUCUAUGUUGACCUGCAGAGGGCGAAGGUUUUCAAUUUUGAUGGGGCAAUCAAAGGACCGGCCUUCUUUUCCCAGCCAGUCCUGGAAAUGCUCUAUGACAGGAAAUGGCUGGAGACAGAGUUUCAAGACUUGGUUGGUUGUCGCCGUGCGGAUGUGGUUUCCAAAACCCGCCAAGGAGCGGCCAUGUCGGCUGUCAACGGCAUCCUCGCUGUCCUGAAGGCUUGGAAUGGCGCUUGCGGUCAAGAUGAGGUCCUCUCUUUGGGCGUGAAGUGCCAAGGCCACUACAACCUCCCAGACGGCAUUGUCUUCUCAAUUCCUGUGACCUUCAAGGACGGUAAGUGGUCUCCGCUGCCUGAUGUGACCAUUCAAGACGAAAUGAGAGAGAGACUACAGCUUUCUGCCGAUGAACUCAGACAGGAAAAAGAGCUUGGAUCGGAGAGUUAAACACAUACUAUGAAUGCAGAGGACUUUUAACAGAUGCUUAAAAAGGUUUUUCAUAUUUUCAUGAAGCAAAC